UACACUGACACACACACACACACACACACGCACAUUCGUUCCAAUCUCCAGCAGGAGACAUAAAGACGGCUAUCAAACCAUGCACAAGUUUCUUUCUCUGAUUUUACUGCUGACUGUUUUUGGGCAGGAUGUGAUCGAAGGAGGACGCUUUGAGCGAACCAUCAGCAGACCUUUCAGAUCUCUGCUGACGGUCCAUAACGGGAUGCGAUGGGGCUCGUGGGGUCAGAAGGAAAUGUGUCCGACUGGAAUGUACGCCACAGGCUUUAGUCUUAAGGUGGCCGGUAUGUGGGAGUCUCUGCUGGUGGGUGAUAACACGGCGCUCAACGGGAUUCGUCUUCACUGCGUUAACCCGUCCAAAGGCUCAUCGGGCCCGUAUGAGGACUACGCCACGGUUCAGUCCGACGUAGGAAGCUGGGGAAAAUGGUCGGAUAUCAAAUGGUGCUCGAGCGGAUUUCUGACAUCUUUCGAGCUGAGAGUUGAACCCUACCAAGGGACCUGGGACGACACGGCCGCAAACAAUAUCAGGUUUAACUGCAGCGGAAAUGCCGAAAUGCUGCAGGGAUCUGGGACGUCGUGGGGCGAAUGGGGCGACUGGAGCGUGAAGUGUGAAGGAAAGGGAAUCUGUGGCAUCGAGACGAUGGUGGAGCAGCCGCAGGGAGUCGGAGACGACACGGCCCUCAAUGAUGUGCGCAUGUACUGCUGUGAUUAAACGGAUUGUUUCUGGAAUCGAUCAGCCGGCGGAACAUUUUUCAAAGCAUCAUCAAUAAACCGACCUUCAAGUAUACAGUGACAUUUUGGGCAAAAUCGAAUCGGGCAGAUUUCCUCAUGGGUCGGUUCUUUAGGGUUAACUUAAAAACUAGUUCCCUAAAAAAAAUUAAAUAAAGAAAUAUUUUUUUCUCACCUUGGUGUUGUUGAUUUCAUACAAAGACUGUUUUGGCCAGAAUUAAUUGGGCAGAUCUAAAAGAGAGGGGAAAAAAUCCUAUUUAAUAGACGACAACAUCAUCUACUUGUAAAAAAAAUCUUGCACAUGCUAAACAACUUCCUUGUGUUUUCCUAAAGUUUAAUAUAAGAUUAUUGAAAAACACUAUAUUAAGAAAAACACUUUUAUUAAGGUAUUGAUGUGAUUCUGUGAUGUUAAAAGACUAUAGUCUCUUUAUGGGACAGUUCUUAGGUCUUUAUUGAUCCUUUGAAGAGAAUCACUUUUUAAUCACCUCGGUUCUAAUCAGCGUGACCUUAUUUCUCCAAAAACGCAUCGAAACUUUUCAAGAUGUCCGACUCGCGCUCGAAUAACUCUCCACUUCAAGCUUUGAAAUCUAAUGACGCAAGUAACUAACGUUACUUCGUCGCGACUCAUGUCGUAAAACAUAGCGUAGGUUCAUAUAUGUGUGUCUGAGGUAAAAAUGUCUGUUAAUGCAGUGUUCAUUGACCGAGGGCACAAUAAUAUGGGCGCGGAUUUUCCUAGGCGCGUCAGCGCGAACCGCCGCUCUCAUGAACGCGCACGUAAAGAUUUUCAAUAAAUAUUAUUUAACACGAUUAUUAUUAUUAUUAGUAGUAGUAGUAGCAUUCUAACAGUUCAGUUUGUUUAAGCCGAUAUUAUUGAAAGCGCUCAGAAAGCCAAAAGUCAUAACUUUAAGACAAUAAGGAGUGUUUAUUCUUUUCGGUUACCACAGAUAAUCAGACUUAUCCCUCAGAGUGUAAAAAUAAAACAUACAGUGAAAUGUAAAAAAAAAAUAAAAAAAUCCAUGAGACAGAAUCAUAAGGAAUUAAAAAUUAUUCCUGGUCUAUCUACACUGUACUUUGAUACAAUCUGUGUUGUUAAAAGUGCUAUAUAAAUAAAAAAAUGAUUGAUUGAU